GAGUAUUCUCCAGGACAAACUGAUAAGCUCUUUUAUAAAGAAUAUUUCCCAACCCGCUGGUGUCUCCUUGACUGUCCUCCAGCCUUCUGUCAUUUCUCCCAUGAGGAGCCAGAGCUGACCUUUUGCCAGGAUGGAGGUGGCUCUCUCUGCCCCGCAGAUACUCUCAGAGCCCCUGAGGAAGGGGACUCCUCUGCCUCUGAGCCAGCUGGUGGAGGAGAGCAGGAGCAGAGCCAACAUCCCAAAUCAUCUACUGGAAUCAAAAAUCUAUGCCAAACUGAAAAGCAACGGCCUGAUCCAAGCAGAGCCCCCAGAGCUUCACUUCAGUGGGUUUGAGCUUGCGAAGGAGUACUUAAAGAUUCUGAAACUAGUCAACAUCUCAUCUGAAGUUGUGAAUAUUCAUAUCAUUCCCACCCAAACCAAGCACUUCCAAACAACUUACACCAAAAAGUAUCGACUCAUCCCUGGGCUUGCCUACACACUGAAGAUUGGAUUCUGUCCUGACGAGUGGCGUUACUUCUAUGACUGCAUUCGGGUUCACUGCAAGGGGGAGGAGAACCUGUUAAUUCCAGUUCAUGCUUACCCUGUCAUCGAUGACCUGCACAUGCCUCCUCAUAUCAACCUAUCACCCGUACCACUUGGACAAAGUGUAAGCCAUGCUAUUCCUCUGAGAUGCAGCUGUCCCAUUGACUUUGAGUUUCAAGUGUACGUUAUUCAGCCCCAUGAGGCUUUCUACAUCCAUCCCCUCACAGGUGUGAUACCAGCCAAUGGUGAGGUGAAGCUCAUGGUGACCUUCAGUCCUUCCCAGUACGAGACUUCUCAGGUCACCCUCCAGCUGGUCAUCUCACAAUUCAACACCAAACCCUACCUCUGUACCAUCACUGGGAGCUCUGCCCCUCACACAGCCCUCAGUCAGCUGGAAAGAAAGUUGGGUCAUGGAGUUGCAGUGCCUGCAGAAUACAAAGGACCUUCACCUACCACCCAGGUGCCUCCUCAAAGUAAAACCAAAUACAGAUCAACCAAGGAGCCUGACAAAGCAAAGACAUUGAGAGAUCAGCCUGGGCUGAAGCCAGCGGUGGAUGUCUCUACCCCUGCAGGGGUUGCAAAGAUGCUGAUCAAAGACACCAAUAAACUCAGCUCUAAAGCCCUGAGGGAAGCCAUGUCCCGUGGCAGUAUGGUUGGUCUGCAAAACAGGCAGAUGAAGGAGGCCCUCUUCAUAAAAAAGGUUCAACAAAACGUGAAGGGGGAGCAAGCCAACCACGUCGGCAGGCAAGUUCAUCUGGGUAAGGACCCUGUGUCGGAGCAAACCAGGAGGCAGAUACUGGAGGAGCGAGAGAUUGCGCUACAUGAAUACAUGGUAAAAAGGGGAGAUGUGAGGCAAGAGGAAGACUUUGUUUCUGGACAACCUAAACUUUCCUCCAGACGAGUGCUUUGUGAAGCUGGACAGGCCCCAGAGGGAGCCCCAUCCUUCCAGUUUUACUCCAGUUUUCAGUGGGAGGUGAGACAAAGAGCCCUCAGACUGUUCCAGCAGGCUUCACGCAAGGUUGUGAUCCGAUGUCGCAUGAACCGGAGACUGGCAUGUUUGAAGAAGCUGGCAGUGAGCAUGAGGAACCUGCCCUCGGCACAGAAAGUUGAAGAGAAGAACACGUGUGAUCUGAAGAUCUCACCGGACAAAGUCUUUCCAUUUUCUUUCCCCAUUUUCUCUGAUGAAGAUGAUCCACUGGCUCACAGUAAUUUGGUCACAGUGCCUGUGGAUCCUAUUGAUGUGACUGUGACGGCACAUAUUCCUUUCUUCAGGCUUCAAGUUCCUCAGCACUAUAAGCUUAUGGGCUACCAGCCUGUGUCAACCUGGGAGGCAUUCAACUCUUAUAUCCCCACUACUUUGGCCAGACCUCUGCGCACUGGAGCUCUGGACGAGAUUGGAACCCAACCUCCCCCAACAAUGGAGCCCAAAGCAGAAAAACAGCAGCAGCAUGAACAUGAAGAAGCAGCUGUGGAAGCAAAGGAGGCUGUUAGUCUCAGCUUCACUGCCCCUGAAGCUCUGCUCAGACCUUUUCCUGCAAACCCACUCAGAAUCUUUAAUCCAGCUCCGGGCCUACAGACUUACAAACCAACCCCUAAAUACCUGGAGAGUGAUCUGGAGUUCCACCUCUGCCCUCUACCCAGGUACACAGUCCCUGAGAGCAGCAUAAGGACAAAAACUCUGCACACUCAGAAGAAAUUUCUGGACCGCAAGGAAGUGAUAAAAGGGGUAAUGACAUGGAAGAAUUUUGAUUCGAUCACCUUGAACUGUCUGUCCAAACAACCUGCUCUCACCAGUGGCUGUGCCCUGCCCAGGUCCAUCGACUACAGCACAGAUAUACUUCCACUCACAGCACCACCUCCUCUCACCGCCCUUCCUGAUGAUUUGACAUCACUAAUGGACAAUCCGUAUGAAGGCUCAGAAGUCAAACUGACUCCAGAAAUGAUCAGAGCAGAGUUCUUGUCUGGAGAAGCUCUGGUCUCCAUUGGCAACCUCACCACAGGAACGGCAGCCAGGCACCAGAGGGAGAUUCAGAUGGAAGCAGCCCAGAGGUCUGAGUUCAACCAGAUGGGAAAGAGAGUGAUGACCAGGCUGAAGCAACUUGGAGCCACCAACAGAACUCCUCAUUCACCACGAGAGGACUGUGAAUAGGCAAAACAACCCCACACACUUCCUAGAAGCACAUGAAGACCUGCAAAUGGGUUAUGUGCGCACACAUAUUGUACAUACAUUCACACGAGUAAAUACAUUUUUGAGGAUUACAAAUGAGCAUUACACCCAUCCUACCAAACCAUAAAAGAUUCUACAUUGUCUGCCCUCCCACUUCUGUAACAUAAAACCUGGUUACUUUCUCGCCCACCUAUAAACCUUCCUCCUACCCACUCAAAAUUACCAGUAAGCUCCCCUCCUGUGCUCUCACAAAGCCUGGAAAUUUGUUAUCCCUCCACCCACACAGAUCCAUACAUAAGCACAGCUACAGAAUAUUCUAACAAGCUAUGUCACAUUACUGACGACUGCAUUCAAUUAA